GAUGUAACGAGGCCAGGCUCGCGCGCCGCUUUCCCUCCUGCCACGCUCGGUCCUUCCUCCUCCCGCGCCCCGCGCCGCGCGCACGGCCAGCGCCGGCUCCGCUUCCACCGCCCUGGGGACCGACGGGCACUGCUGGGAAAGACUCUCCCACGUUCCACCUCCUGGACGCACAGUCAGCGGGGAAAACCGGGCUUUCCUCCCACAACCAAGGGAGCGAGCCGAGGGGACAGCUGCUGUGGAGGUUUCUGAGGAGACUCACACUGGCCUCUUUCCCUACUCCCUGGAGACGGCAGGAACCCUCAGAGGAGAGGAACGCUACUCCCUGGCCAGCAAGCAGCCCCCAACCUGGAUGGAGUGAAAGAUGCGGCCUGAUGACAUUAACCCGAGGACUGGGCUGGUGGUGGCCCUGGUCAGUGUCUUCCUGGUCUUUGGUUUUAUGUUCACCGUCUCUGGGAUGAAAGGGGAGACUCUGGGAAACAUCCCCCUCCUGGCCAUCGGGCCAGCCAUCUGCCUGCCAGGCAUUGCGGCCAUUGCCCUGGCCAGGAAAACCGAGGGAUGCACCAAGUGGCCGGAUAAUGAGCUGCUAUGGGUCCGCAAAUUGCCCUGCUUCCGGAAACCCAAGGACAAGGAGGUGGUGGAACUGCUGAGGACCCCUUCAGACCUGGAGUCGGGCAAGGGGAGCUCAGAUGAGCUGGCUAAGAAGGCGGGCCUCAGGGGGAAACUUCCCCAACAGGGGCAGGGUGAGGUGCCUAUGGCCAGCUCCAUCACCACCGUCACACCCACGGAGGAAGGAGAAUGCCAGAGCCUGGUCCAGAGUGGGCAUCAGGAGGAGACAUCCAGAUACCUAGACGGCUACUGCCCAUCUGGCAGUUCCCUCGCCUACAGUGCCUUGGAUGCCAAGUGCUCAGCCUGGGACAGAUCCGACCGCCCUGAGCCGGAGGACAGCAUCUUCUUUGUGCCCCAAGACAGUAUCAUUGUUUGCUCCUACAAGCAGAACAGCCCCUAUGACAGAUACUGUUGUUACAUCAAUCAGAUCCAAGGCAGGUGGGACCACGAGACGAUAGUCUAA